AUCUGCUACUAUGCAAUUAUACUUAACUCUUAACAAUUAUACUCUUAGAGAGGUUAGAAAAGAAGCAGAAACAAUGAGUUCUUUUCUUUUUUCAGAAGAAGAGUUUAAAAUAUUGAGAGAACUCAUUGUAAUUCUUUCUUUUUUUAAUGAAGCAACAAAAUUCUUAAAUAAAUCCAAAUACUCAAUACUUGGUUUUAUGACUCCAAUGUUAGAAGAACUUGCAUAUUGGCUCAAGUACUUUACUAGACAAAAUAAUAAAAAAAUUUUUGUUAAAGAUACAAUUUUGGAUAAUUUAAUUGAAAAGUGA